GGCGGGUAUUUGUAUUGUAUGUUAAUUUACUUUUGUUCCAUAUAAUAUAUAUUAUUCUAAGUUUAUUACAUUACACCAACAAAGUGCCGUUGGUUAUUGGAUCUCUCACUAGUUUUAGAGAGAGAGAGAGAUUCAGAGGAAGAGAAAAACGUGUGGUUAUGUGAUUGUGGAAGAGAGAACUGAGACGGCAUUGCCAAUUCUCCCUUGAUCUAUGAAACUGACCCUGCAAAUCUGAGGCCACAAUCGGUAGAGAUUGUUUCAUUUUCAUAACAAAAAAAAAAAAAAACAUUUCAGCUCUAAGCCUCUAACCUUAUGAGUUUUGAGCUGGUUUGGUAAACUGUGUUUCUCUUCCAAUCUAUUCCCUUUGAUUCCAUUGGUUCAUCUCAACAAACCCUUUUGACUGUCUACCCUUCUGUUGCAAGUUCUGUGAUCCUUUUUCCAUUUCUAUGGACGCAAAAGAAUUAUUCUCCACAAAUUUGAUAGAUGUUCUAGCUGGAGUCAGAGGCAGGGAAAGUUGGAUUGAUACCUAUUUGAAUCUUUAUAUAAGAAGUUAACAAUUUAAUAUACAAUCCAAUGAUCCACCUGUUUAUUUUGUUAUUCUGAUUUUCGAGAUGAUAAAUUGCUGAAAGACAGAAAUCACAAAAUAUUGAGUAGUUCGAUUUAAAAACUGAACAAAAAUGGAAAAUGCUGAAUUAGGUGGCAAUUUCCAAUGCUGUUAAUCUUAAUUCUUGUCACAGGAAUGACCAUGAACUUUUAACCUCACCAAGCCACACGAAAAGGCUUCAUUUUUUGACACACAUAAAAUUAACUGUCACUUUUCUAAAUUGUGUACAUCCAUCUUCUUCUCAAAGAAGUUAUGACAGCACAUUACUUGCUUGACAUUCCCUAAUUCAUUUGUUCAUGUUUGAAAGUUGCACUUUAAUUAAGAAGAUAACAAUAAAGUGUUUUUUUGCCCUUUAACCCAAAGUAGCUUAUUCUUUUGGAUGAGGUGAAAUUGUGGGAAAUGUAUGGCUUUUUCAGUGAUUUGUUCUUGUGUUAGAGCAUUAUAACAUAAUGAUCUAUAUUCUUUAAUGGGAUGCACAUGCAAUUGUUUACACGGCUUGCCUGUGAAAUUUUACUUUAGUGUCUUUUCUGAAUAUUUCAAGCGAAUAUAUUAUGGAUAUAGAAUACCAUUUUUGUGUUGGUGGUUACAUAUCUAUGUUUUCUUCCUUCUUGUUCUUUCAUGUCUUUGAAAAAGCAAGAGAGAAAUUUUGCAUUAUGUGGUUUAUUUAGUUCAUUCUCUUCCACAUAUAAGGGCACUUUUUUCCCCUUGUGAUUUUGGUGUCCACCAGGCACUGUUACCUCACACAUCAAGAGGCAAUGCAAUUCUCCUCCUACACUUAUUGUUAUUGGUGCUGGAAUAUCAGGAAUUGCUGCUGCGCGUUGUCUCCAUGAUGCAUCUUUUAAGGUGAUUGUAUUGGAGUCAAGGGAUAGGAUAGGUGGCAGGAUUUAUACUGAUUACUCAUUUGGCUGUCCAGUAGAUAUGGGAGCCUCAUGGCUACAUGGUGCUUGCAAUGAGAAUCCCUUGGCACCAUUGAUACGCGCAUUAGGACUUACACUCUAUCAUACAGGUGGUGAUAACUCUGUCAUAUUUGAUCAUGACUUGGAAAGCUGUAUGCUAUUUAACAUUGAUGGUCAUCAAGUCCCUCAACACAUUAUGAUGGAAGUUGGAGACACUUACAAGAGAAUUCUGGCAGAGACAGUAAAAGUGAGGGAUGAGCAUCCUGAUGACAUGCCUAUUCUCCAAGCAAUUUCAAUUGUGUUAAAUAGACAUCCAGAACUAAGGCAACAAGGACUUGCUCAUGAAGUGCUGCAAUGGUAUAUAUGCAGAAUGGAAGCUUGGUUUGCUUCUGAUGCGGAUAUCAUACCAUUGAAAACCUGGGAUCAGGAGCAUAUCCUCACUGGUGGUCAUGGACUCAUGGUGCAAGGAUAUGAUCCUGUUGUAAAAGCUCUUGCAAAUGAUCUUGAUAUACGCUUGAACCACAGGGUGACCAAAAUAUCCGAUGGUUACAACAUGGUAAUGGUCACAGUUGAGGAUGGCAGAAACUUUGUUGCUGAUGCUGUUAUUGUAACUGUCCCUAUUGGAAUCCUUAAGGCCAAUUUAAUUGAAUUUUCACCAAAACUGCCUCAUUGGAAGGCUGAAGCAAUUAAAGAUAUUGGUAUGGGAAAUGAAAAUAAGAUUGCCCUAAGAUUUGAUGCAGUGUUUUGGCCUAAUGUAGAAGUUCUGGGCAUAGUUGCACCCACCUCUUAUGCCUGUGGUUAUUUUCUCAAUCUCCACAAGGCAACAGGCCAUCCAAUUCUUGUGUAUAUGGCAGCUGGCAAGUUUGCCUAUGACCUUGAAAAGCUGUCUGAUGAAUCAGCUGCAAAUUUUGCAAUGCAACAGCUCAAGAAGAUGUUUCCUGAUGCUUCUAAGCCUGUUCAAUAUCUUGUGUCACAUUGGGGAACAGACCCAAACUCUCUUGGUUGCUAUGCUUGUGAUUUAGUUGGGAUGCCAGAUGAUGUGUAUGAGAGGCUUCGUGCACCAGUAGGUAAUCUAUUCUUUGGCGGGGAAGCUGUUAGCAUGGAUGACCACCAGGGAUCUGUGCAUGGAGCUUACUCUUCUGGGGUGAUGGCUGCUGAAAAUUGUCAGAGACAUCUUCUACAGAAACAAGGCCACAUGGAAAGUCUUCCUCUAGUUCCUUCUGUUAGGCAUGAAAUAUUUGAAACUACUAUACCUCCUCAAAUCUCUAGAAUUUGAUUAUGUACCCUUCCUUGUUCUUGAAAAUGAGAACAAUGCUCAAAAGAAUGAGUUGCUGAUUAGAUUAAUUAAUGCACAUUGUAGUUCAACUUAAACCAUAGUGACUAAAAUAUUUAGGGAAGCCACCAUAAAAAAUCAUAUUAUCCAAGAACUUUAUUGCCAAAUCAAUUUUUCCUUCUUUGCAUAAAGCAGAAAUAAAAGGAUCAUAAGUUCAUGACUA